AUGUCGGGACGUGGAAAAGGUGGUAAAGCGAAAUCGUCUGGAAAGGCGAAAAGUCGUUCAUCUCGUGCUGGUUUACAGUUCCCAGUGGGACGAAUUCAUCGUUUGCUACGUAAGGGAAAUUAUGCGGAACGUGUUGGUGCUGGUGCCCCAGUAUAUCUAGCUGCUGUGUUGGAGUACUUAGCAGCGGAAGUGUUGGAGUUAGCUGGCAAUGCGGCGCGUGAUAAUAAGAAGACACGAAUCAAUCCGCGCCAUUUGCAGUUGGCUGUACGCAAUGAUGAGGAGUUAAACAAGCUGCUGGCUGGUGUGACAAUUGCGCAAGGUGGUGUAUUGCCGAACAUCCAAGCGGUGUUGUUGCCGAAGAAGACCGCUGAAAAAGUUUGA